AUGCAAGAGGAGGAUAAGAAGCCCUUCCUCGAGACUGCGGCCAGAGAUCGGGACCGAUAUAAGCGCGAAAUGGCUAUCUUCAAGCCGGCCAGGGAUGCAAAUAAGCCGAAACGGCCGGGCACUGCGUUCAUGCUGUUUAUGGGCGACUUUAGGAAAGAAAUGGCGGGCAAAGAGCCCGAGGGAGGUGUGGCGGCGCUCGCGAAGCUCGGGGGCGAGAGGUGGAGGAAUAUGACUGAAGAGGACAAACGGCCGUACGUUGAGAAGCAGAACGAGGAGAAGAUCAGAUACGAGGCCUCUAUGGAGGAAUAUCGCAGAAAAGCACAACAGCCUAAGGGAAAGGGGGCGCCUCAGGCGAUGGGCGGUCCGUCGCCAAAACAGGCGCGACUGUCGACGGAGGGCUCCGAGAACGACGACUCGGACUCGAAUUCGUUACAACGCGACGGUCAGGACAUCCGACAGUCGGCACAACACCAUCAGACCUCAAACAUGAUCACAAAACAGAGUCAGUCGACGCCAUCACCCGCUUCCUCAUCGCCGCCGACGACAGCACAACAGUUGAACCCCAGUCCCAACUCAGCACAACAAACCCAACUGAUGAGCGGCUAUAAUCAGCACUCAUUCACCGCUAACUUCGCUCACCCGAGUGGGGCGCCCGCCACGGCCACCAACUAUAACCAGGCGCACGCCGCUCACACCACCAACAUGGCGGCCAACGCCACAUACAACUUGCCUACUGGUGCCGGCGGCGCAUACUCUCAACUCCAGGGACCCUAUCAGUGGAAUUGAGAUGACUCUCACCACGCAUACCGCUCCACUCUCUCUCCCUCUCUCUCUCUCUCUCAUCUGUGAACUCCUCUUCUUAUAGCUCUAUCUCUCGUAUUCUCCUCAUUCGUAUUGCAAGUGGACUCAACUCUAACGCUAUUAUCGAUAUUAUUAUUAAUUAUUACCGCAAAUCGAUUCACAAUAAUCGACUGACACUGUGUUGUUGUGUUUUAUAUCCAUAUGUCAACACACAUUACACAUAACCAAUAGCCAUACCAUUGAUUAUUGGACUUUUGGAUUAUCAGUACAUUUUAAAUCGUCGUUCAUUUUUAUCCAAAGCCGAGAGAUUAAGACAUUUAUAGCAAAUACACGAUAGACACACAAAAUGAUUGCAGUUUUUGUCUCUUAGUUGUAUUUUUUGAUUACUACUUCCUUUUAAUUAUAUUUUGCAAUUUAUGAACACUUAACACAGAAGACUUUUAAGUUUUACAACAAAUAAAUUCUUAUGAUUUGAAGUUUAAAACAACACAUUCUUCUGAUGCACACCAAGAAUCGCAAAAAGAGAGCAAUUCUUAGAUUUUUUAACUGUUUUUAUGACAAUUCUUUUGAUAGCAAAGUGUGACUAAGAAUCGCAAAACUUUUUUAUCAAAUUUUUAUUUAAAGUUAUUAUUUUUUCUGUCAAUUCUAUGGCUGCCAUCAUAACACUGUUGGUUCGUUUCAUUUGAAACAUAAUUAUUAUUAAAACUGUAUUAUUAUUAUUUUUGUCGGACAUUACUUCUCUGAAAAUCACGUGAAAAUUAAUUACAAACUUCUAUUUCAUUUGGUUUUAUAUUUGAAUUACAAUACCCCGU